GGUUCAUUUCAUGUCCAUUGUAUGAUAUCUGAGUGGAGAUCUCCCGUGAUAUGCAACUAGUCUUAUUAAUAUAAAAUAUAACAUAAUUUGCUGGUCAACCAAAUAUUGCAUCAAAAAGAUGGCAUCUGGCAUGAGAAAAAACAGAACUUGACCUUUGACCUUUCAAUAGACGUGGGCUUGGCUCUCAGAGAUAGAAUGCCUGAGAAACAGUGGGGGUGAUGAUGCUUGGCCUGCUUUUUCCACAGUUUUACCGAUUCGUCUCCGUGUUCUGAAAAAUGGAGAACGGGAUUUUAAGAGAGCCGCACUUGUGGUUGGACCAGAUUUGACAAAUAUGAUGAAAGACCUGAAUCGAACUGCUAUGAAUGGAAAGCGCCCUCUAGAAAAAAAGAAGACAAACAGUGAUGUAGAUGAAAAUACAAUAGAAACAAAAGAAAGUGAAAAAAACCUAGAUUUACAGAAACUUGAAAUACAAUUGUUCCUUGAUAGAUGCACCAGUUUGCUUAAUCUUCCAUUUGCUGCCAGGAGAAUCUUUGAUCUUGAAGGAAAUGAACAACACACUUUGCAUGAGUUACAGCGAGAUCAGUUAGUCUAUGUAUCAUGUGGUGAAAUCUGGACUGAUCCUAAACUAUCCAAGUCUGAACAGCAGAGGCGUUUCCUAUUGGCUAACCUGACUGCAGAUGUACAACAAAUGACACAAUAUUGCACUAUUAGAAAUCCUACUAAUCUUGUGAUGGAAGUAGAUGGUCCUAUUCAGUCUGGGUCCAGAGUCAUAGUUAAUAUGUGUUGUAUGACAAAGGAUGAGAGAAAAGCUAUGGAGAAGGAGUCUGAAGAAGAACCGUCUCAACAAGAUGAACCACCUGAAGAUCCACUUGGCGGACUAAGUGAAACAGAUCAAUAUUCUACACAUGUGUCUCUCGCAAGUGCACAUGCUAGAGCACAUGUGAAAUCUGAGGAACGCUAUGAGAAUAAGAAAUUGCCUUGGGAGAGAAACUCAAUGAAUGCCGGUAUUGAUGAAGUCAAAGAUGCAAAUGAUGCUGAUGGGGCACAGUUUACAAACCCAGAACUUUAUAAAAAGUUUCAAGCCCGACCUAAGUCACCUAGCAAGCGAGUAAGUUUGCAGAGAUUUGUAUACCAGGAUGGUUUUAUUGCAGUGGAAAGCAGACCAGACUUAGUACUGGGCUCAGAAGAUGGAGAAUUGAUAGAAUGCUCUGAAGUUGUCCUGUGUAAGAAAAGAAUUGAUGAUGUCAAUCAGCGCUGGGUCUUCUCUAAAUCAGGAUUAAUUCAUGGCAAGAGUAACUAUGAUGUUGUACUUGGCGUUGCUUGCCAUAUUACAAGCACGGUGAUGGCAGUUUACCAAGCACAUUUGAAGGACAGCCAGUCACAUUACAGGUCGCAAAUCGCCAAACUAGGAAGUGCAAAUUAUAAAUGGACUUUGAUCACCAUAUUGGUUUCAUUGAUGCCUUUGCUUGUGAGGACAUUGAUAAAGAGGUAACAGCAGCCAAUAAAUCUAAUGUUUGCACAUUUGCAGUAUUAGGACACAAGUCAGCUGAACAGCCAGGAUAUACAGUCUGUCUUUCAAACCGUGAUUCAGAUCCCACCAUAGUAUGUGUAGCCUGUGCUCGUGCCAUGAGGGGCUACCAGAAAUUAGAGAAGUUAGAGAGACAAGUUGAGUUUUCUUGUGCAGUUGGCACAGCUAAGGAAAGAGGCAUUAGGAAUCUACGUGGAUGUUUUCAGUGUCUUAAUGGAAAGGUUGAUUUAUCCACGUAUGAAGCUGAAAACACUCUCAGACACUGGCAGGAAGAACUGAUAAGGCUACGUACUGUCUCUAAUGCAAGAACCAUCGCAAAGGAACUAUCAGCGUAUCAGCCUAUACUGUCUGUACGUAUUCUAGCUUUUAAGAAUGGU